AUGGCUCAGACUCUGUAUUUCCCUCUUCUCCUCAUUGCUCUCUGCUCCAUAUCUGAAUGUGUUCAGCGUCAGUAUCACUUUAUAAAUGAGGGGAAGACCUGGACUGAAGCUCAGAGAUACUGCAGAGAGAAAUACACAGAUCUGGCCACUGUUGACAACAUGAACGACAUGAUCCAGCUGAACAAGAGUGUGAAUUCGAUGAACUGGAGAGCUGCUCAGAGUUACUGCAGACAGAAUCACACUGAUCUGGUCACAGUGAGGAACCAGAAUGAGAGUCAACAGCUGGAGAAGUUCAUUAAUGACAGAAACUCAUCUGGAUCUGCAAUCUGGAUUGGUCUGUUCAGAGACACAUGGCAGUGGUCAGAUCAGAGCAACUCCUCAUCAGAUACUGGGCUGCCACUCAACCUGAUAAUCAAGGAGGAACUGAAAACUAAACACCAGACUGAGGACAGAAACACACCAGCUCUGAAAAAUGGGCCAAUUUCUAGAUUCCCUCCUCCUCCUCGUUGUGUCUCUUUCACAGCUCUCUGCUCCAUAUCUGAAUGUGUUCAGCGUCAGUAUCACUUUAUAAAUGAGAUGAAGACCUGGACUGAAGCUCAGAGAUACUGCAGAGAGAAAUACACAGAUCUGGCCACCGUUGACAACAUGAACGACAUGAUCCAGCUGAUGAAGAGUGUGAAAGUGAAUGAUAGAGGUGUCUGGAUUGGUCUGCAGAGGAAAUGGCAGUGGUCUUCAGGAGAUCCUGCUCUCUUUCUUCACUGGGGAAAUGAACAACCAGACGGCGCAGAUGAGUGUGCUUUUAUGAGAAAUGGUCAAUGGGAAGAUGGGAAAUGUAAUGACUCCUGGAUAUUUGUCUGCUACAACAUGAGCAGAGGACUGGUGUUUGUCAAUCAGGCGAUGACCUGGAGAGCUGCUCAGAGUUACUGCAGACAGAAUCACACUGAUCUGGUCAGUGUGAGGAACCAGAAUGAGAGUCAACAGCUGGAGAAGUUCAUUAAUGACAGUCAUAAAUUUGCAUCUGAAGUCUGGAUCGGUCUGUUCAGAGACUCAUGGCAGUGGUCAGAUCGGAGCAACUAUUCAUUCAGUUACUGGAAUAAUCAGGAACCAAAUGAUUACGGAGGGAAGGAAAAUUGUACAGUAGUUCAACCGAAGACUGAGGGACGAUGGAAUGACAUCGUUUGUAAUAACCUGUUUCCUUUUGUGUGUCAUGAAGAUAAACUGAUUGUGAUCCAGCAGAAUCUGUCGUGGUCUGAAGCUCUGAGAUACUGCAGACAGAAUCAUGUGGAUCUGGUCUCGGUUCAGUCAGUGGAGAUGCAGUAUAAGGUGAUGAACGUGGUUAAACUGGCGUCUACUGAGGCGGUGUGGUUGGGUUUACGUCACUCCUGUGCUUUGGGCAUCUGGUUCUGGGUGAGUGGACAGACCGUGUGCUAUCAGAACUGGGCUCCAGGGAACGGCACAUCAGAGGAGGACUGUGAGCCCACAGUGAGAUCUGGAGCAGUUCAGUCUGGAGGAAGUCAGACCUGGAUCAGCCGUCCUGAAACUCACAAACUCAACUUUAUCUGCAGAAACUAUUAGGUGUGAAAGACCUGGAGAUGUUUCUGUUAAAAUGUAGGAAUGUUUCAAGGUCUUGUAUUGUUUUAAAUCCUUAAAUCUAGAUAACCAAAUCAAUAUUUUUAAUAUUAAAUGUAACAUUUUUAUUCCUUUUAAGUUACCUAUAUUGUAUAUUA